GCUUGAGUGGAGGGUCUUCAAGGUAUGGCCGGGAGGCAGUGAGAACAGACAACAGAGCCGAAGCAAUUGUCGCGUUCCUCCUCUGGUUCUGUCCCCAGCAAAAUCUCCUCCGCUAUGCCGCCGGCGACGGGGCUGAUGGACGACGUGGUCGCGGAGAUCCUGCUCCGACUCCCGCCCGACGAGCCCGGGUGCCUCGUCCGCGCCUGCCUCGUAUCCAAGCCCUGGCGCCUCCUCCUCACGGGUAACGCCUUCCUCCGGAGCUACCGCAAGUUCCACGGGGCACCGCCCAUGCUGGGAUUCCUCCACCGCCUCUACGACGAGGAUCCCUGCGUCGCUCGAUUCGUUCCCACGGCAAAGUCCUUCCGCCCGCCACUCACCGACCGCCGCUGCUGGUACGCACUCGACGCCCGCCACGGCCGAGCCCUCUUCUACGAUUCAGAACAGAAGCCCGCUGAGUUCGUCGUCUGGGACCCCGUCACUGACGGGCACCGGAGGAUCCCCCUUCCCGAGACCCCCAAGUCCUGGAACGCGGCGGUGCUCUGCGCCGUGGAUGACUGCGACCAUCUCGACUGCCAUGGCGACGACCCCUUCCUCGUGGCAUUCGUGGGCACCGACAAAGAGGAGGAGAUCUGGAUCACUUCCGCGUGCUUCUACUCGUCGGAGGCGAGUUCAUGGAGCAGCACGAGCUUUGUUGAGCAUCGAGAUGCUUCCAUCGAGAUGCAGCCAAGCGUCCUCUCUGGAAAUGCACUCUACUUCCUCUGCGAUCCGAGCACGCGAAUUCUGCAGUGCGACUUUGUUGGCGACAGGAAGCUAUCGGUGAUUGACCGGCCGGACGUCCAUGAGAACAACAUCGUCCUCAUAACAGCCGAAGACGGCACACUGGGAUUCGCAGGCGUCCAGGAAUCCAGCAUCUACCUUUGGUCCAUGGAAGUCGAUCCCGAUGGAGCUGCAGCGUGGGUACAACAUCGAGUCGUCGACAUCGGGAAGCUGCUCCCCUCUCGCGCCCUCAUGAUCACACCGGAUGUGAUUGGAUUCGCCGAAGGCGUCGGUGUCAUUUUCUUGAGGACUAUUGUUGGCCUGUUCACCAUUGAGCUCAAGUCCCGCCGAGUAAGAAAGGUGUCCAGCAGGGGAAGCGUCUGCACUGCCAUUCCCUACACGAGCUUCUACACUCCAGAUCGCGCUAUUCGUCAAUUGCAACGGCCAGUGAUGAUGCAUUGAUACAUCUGUCGACAUGAACCUGCUGGUGCUGGCUUCUUGCAUAGCCCGCGCUUAAAUAAGUGGUUUAUCUUCAGUCGCGUAGUUUAAAUAAGAGAAGCGUAAGUCCGCAUGAUCAAUCUAUAUGUAUUGUUUCCAGUUGGAUGGUUUAACUAGAAAAAUGCAAGUCACUGUAAUCAGCCGACUAGUUUUGUUUCUAGUUGGGAGGUUGAAGUAAGAAAAGAGAAACGCGUGGUUAAUUUGUAUCUCUUCUCAUUCAGCAGUUUGUAAUCGGGGGUGAGUUCAACAUGUCAGGUUUACGUUUA